AAACACGGCAAACCCGGCAGUGGCCACCAUCACCAUCAGCGAUCGCAGUCACUGAACAGGGGCGUACGCGGAGUGUCAGGUGCAGGCGGCACUCAGUGGAGUUCGACGAGAGGGGCCACCGGUGAAUUCGGCGACAUGUGGUGACAAAGGGGGGCGCCGCAGUGCCAGUGCCCGGCAGCUUCGAUGGGCAACAAGCUCAGCUGUUCGUGUGCCCCCAUUUUGAGGAAGGCGUAUAGGUACGAGGAUUCGCCGUGGCAGACAUCGAGGCGACGGGACGGACAUCUGUUAAGAUUAUGGGCAGAGGUAUUUCACGUAGCAGCUGGAAGCGGCCAAGCAAAAUGGCAGCAAGUAAGCGAAGAUUUAGUACCAGUCAACAUCACCUGCAUCCAAGACUCUCCAGAAUGCGUUUUUCACAUCACAGCUUACAAUUCACAAGUCGACAAAAUCCUGGAUGUGCGGCUGGUACAACCAGGAACAAGAAUUGGCCAAGCAUCCGACUGUUUUGUAUAUUGGAAGGAUCCCAUGACCAACGACACAUGGGGAUUAAAUUUCACCUCUCCCAUUGACGCUAAACAGUUUAGAGAAUGUUGUUCGCCGUCUUUCAAGUUCAGCCGCAAGGCUUCCUCUUCGUACAGCCUCAAGUUGGAGCCGCCCAACAAACAGAAGUUGAAGACGGCGGGCGGCAAACGGAAACCGCUCAGCACGCCAGCGUCCCCCAGCAGGCCGGCCGCUUCCGGCCGUGAACCACAAUGCACGUGCAUGACCUCGGAGCAGUAUGCGAGGCUCAAGGCGCAGGAUCCCAGAUAUAGGGGAUCUUCAACACUUCCCCGAGCGACAACGAGAACGACAGACUCAGAAGUAAGGAUAGAAAAAGUAACCGCCGCAACAUCUUCCACUAGUCUUUAUGACAACGUUGGUGCUACUCAGACUGUAUCUACACAAGGUGAAUAUACUCAAGGUACAAAAGGGGCACAAAGGGAAGGUAGCCAAAACAGGCCAAUGCGAGAUAGAGGGGUACAACCACAAUUGGAUACCAGUACUAUGACGACAAGUAAUACUGCUACCGGACCAAAGACUGUGACUGCCUCAGUGGGUACAGAAAAUUCUGUUGGAUCUCAAAUAAGCCAGACUGAAACUCCAUCUCAAACUCAAACCUCGGAAUCUUCAAAAUCAGAAGGCACGCAAGCCGGUGGUUCCUUGGGCCCAACCACGAAAUCCUCAUCCACAUCCACACGGCCUCCUCUACGAGAUAACCUUCAUCACAUACUAACCAAUACCAAAUCGGUGGAUUAUUCCGAAAUAGACAUGGUCCGAGAUGCCGAACUGAGAGCUGCUCACCACCACAAUGUAGUCAAUAAUAAUAUUUCUAGUAGACGAAAUAAGUCGAAGAGUACUGAAGACAUGAAUAGGGAAAGUGGUAUGAGCCUCGAUAGUAAUACGUUAAAACGAAUGCUUAAACCUAUGCCAAGUACGGAAAGCCCAGUAACGUCUCCUGAAAUGGGCAGAAAACGAUAUAAUUAUUACAAUACACACCAUCAUCCAAGGUAUCCGAACAACAACGGCCGCUAUUCAGAACCCGAAUCUGGACACCCCCAUCCACGAUCUGCUAUGGCUCAGAAUUCCAGAUUUUCUGGUUCUAGGUCUUCCUUUAGAUCAUCCCAUGAAAUAGGCCGAGGAUACCCUGGACGAGGGCUUUAUUUAGAAUUAGAGAGAGGAGCAGGUGGAGACUUUUCACCACCUUCCGAUAAUGUAAUAUUUGACAACCAAUGCUAUGCUACUACCCCUAGCUCAAGUAACGGAAAUUCUGAUCCAGAACAAUCGUCACAUCACUAUGGCCGACAUCGACAUAUGCACCCUCAGAACGCUAAUACAACCCCAACGCCCGGAUCUCCAACUAGCAGACUUCUCCUAGAAUAUGAGAUGCAUCUUAGAAACACGUUAGCUAAAGGAAUGGAUGCCGAAAGUUACAGCUUGCACACCUUUGAAGCUUUAUUAACUCAAAGCAUGGAAAAUCUUGAAUUUGCAGAAAGUUUACCAGGAUCUACCCAAAGAAGUCCUUAUCCCUCUAGAAAACGACCAUCAUCCAGUGCUUCCAUGAACAAAUCAUCUACUUUGCCGUUAUCUCACCGACUUAAUGCGAAUAACAGAGAUAGAGUAGAUAGAGAUAGAGAUGGUUACUAUAGCGAUAGAAACGAACUUUUAAGGGAGCGGGAAAAAGAGAGGGAAAGAGAACGUGGAUAUCUUAGCGACCACAAUUCCAGUUUCAGUUCAAGGUGUGCGUCGUGCAUUGGAGAGUCAAGCCGUGCUCAAUGGUUCCGACACUCGGACGGUUGGAGAUCCGGUAGCUCAACAUUCAGCUCUUCCCAAGGAGGUAAUGCUCCUCCACAAGGUCACAAGAGGUCACCCUGGGAUUCCUUACCAUCUUUGAGACAGGACAGUAGUAUGAACGAUAGUGGCUACAAGAGUGCUAGGACAGACAGCUUUGAACAAAGGGGUAUGUUCGAUCGGCAAGAUAGUCUUAGAUCCGACUACAUGAGUGAUAGAGAGUCAACUAGAUAUGGAAUAGUACAACAAGCAUCCAUCGAGAGUGCAGAUUCCAGGCUGUGUUACCUGACAUCAUCAGAGACCAAUGCUUUUUAA